AUGGUCGCCAAGCAGAAGCCGCUGUGUCGGAAAGCCAAAGACCCCAAACGUGGGCCACUACGAGUUCAAGGCAGCAAAGUGAAGUUGCAGUGUGCAUGGAAGAAUUGUAAAGGCCACUGUGACGUCAAGAACAAGUCUUUCAUCUUACCCAUCAAGAAAGUGAACCUAAGUGCUUGUCGUGCAUUACGCUCUCAUUGCAAGACAGUGAGAUUUUGCUCUUCCCGCCAUCUACAGAAAUGCCAGAAUCCAGAAGUUAAAGAAAAAAGAGGUGGCCGUGAGCCUUUGACCGCUGGACAAACUCAACGCUUCUUUCCCACUUUAGUGCAGAGCUGUCACCGACCGUGGGCAGCCGUCCUCAUGGUCUUGCAAAUUGCUCUUGGUGAAAGAGCUGACGCUGCCCGCCAAGCCUGCGCAUCCUGGUUUGUGAACCUUGCUCCUGAUUCAUCAGGAAUGCCAACAUGUAACAUCCCAAGAGUCAAUCGCAAGACACAACAGAGAGCAGUACCUUUGGAUCGCUCUUUUGCCAAACUUCUGUGGCAAUGGAUGACUACUGACCCACUAGUAGGAUUGGACUGCCAGUGGCCUUUUGAUGGGCAAGACCUACAAGGUGCUUUUGAUUCUGGGGAAGACAAACUACUUUUCCCUGGUCGAACACUUGGAGGAAAAAACAAAAGGAAUUGGUCAAAACCCAUCACAGAAAGAGCCUAUCUAGAAGCGCUGCAGGAGGCUUGCAAAGUUUUGACCAGGGAAAGGAAAGCAGAUCGUGAGAAUGGUGUUGAUCAUCCUUGUGAGAACCUGGACUUGGGCAAAGUCGGCACUUAUUCAAUGAAAAAGACCAUUGUCACCCUUUUGAAGACCUUGCAAGUCAGUACCUGCAUAGUGUCAGCCAUUACUGGGACAAGCGGCCGGACCCUGGAUGAUAUCUAUGAUGUCCCAACCCUUGAACGGCAACGCGCUGCAAUGAAGAAUGUCAUUUCCCCCUUGGUGGAUGGGAUUAGCGCUGAGCCUGACCAUUUUUCACCAAAAAAUUUGAGCAGUGGUGUCAGUGUCACCCCACCUUGCUGCCCUGCAUGCCAACAAUCCAUUGAUGCAUCAUGGCGUUUGUGCCCCAAUUGUGGGCAAAGGCUGCUAUGUCUAUAA